GGUACAGAGAUAGAAAGAGAAAGGAGGAGGAGGAGAGAAAGGAAGGAGAAGGAGAAAUACGGUGUCAGUCAGAUAACGGGAGGGCUACUAUAAUGGCCGCGAAGUCGGAUGGAGUGUUAAAGAUGAAGAAAAGCGACGUGGCUUUUACUCCUUUGCAAAACUCCGAUCAUUCGGGUUCGGUGCAGGGGCUAGCCCCAGGAUCUCAGCCAGAUUCGGCAACCGGGGAGGUGGACUACGUGGAUGAAGAGUCCUGCUGUUGCGGCUCCUCUUCCCCGUGCUUUCGUCUGGGCAGGGAGCAGCAGAACUACUCGGUGUGGGACUUUCUCUGGAUUCUCGCCGCGGUGGCCGUCUAUUUUGCCGAUGUGGGCACAGAUAUUUGGCUCUCCGUCGACUAUUAUCUCCGUGGCCAGUACUGGUGGUUCGGGCUCACUCUCUUUUUCGUGGUGCUCGGUUCGUUUUCCGUGCAGGUCUUCAGCUUUAGGUGGUUCGUACAUGAUUUCAGCACCGAGGAGAGCGCAGGUGCUGCCAGUGGCUCUCAUGUGGAUGGGAAGCUGGUGAGCGGAUCAGCCGCACAUGGAGACACAGAUGCCCGUUCUUCAACACCACAAAGACAGACUUCCACAGCCAGCAAGUGCAACACCACAACUAAUAGCAGCAACAGCAGCACCGCAACUCAUACUAGCAAGAAAAGGACUGCAUCUUGUUCAUUUUGCAUCUGGCUCUUGCAGUCAGUCAUCCACAUCCUACAACUGGGGCAGAUCUGGAGGGAUGUCCAGCGACCAGACCAGGACCGGCAGACUCUUCUGCCUGCCCAGAGUGCACCACAACUCGAGCUGGAUGCAUCUGUCGUCAUCACAUGA